AUGUCGGGCAACUUCGAUUCCUGGGAAGACGCCGCGGCGCAGGACGAAGACCUCUCAAGACAGACCCAAAAUAUGAAUAUUAACGCCAACACUUUCAGGCCCGGAGCCGCUUCAUUUCAACCUAACGCUGCCUCAUUCCAACCGGGCCAACCAUACCAGCAAAAUGGAUAUCAGAAUUACGGUUAUGGGCAACCUCAAGGCUUCAAUCAAUACUCUCAGUAUGGCCAAGGCUACAACCAAUAUCCUCAAUACCAGCAACAAGGUUACAAUCAAGGCUACAACAGCGGUCAGUUUGCGACCUACAAUCAAUCUCCUGGAAGCUUUCAACCCAGACAAGGCGCUGCAAUAAGCAUUGCAAAGAGAACAGAUUCCCAACCAGGUCCACAACAAUCUACACCCGGUCCGGCUCCUGCUCCGGCACCGACCCCAGCAGCAACUUCUGCCGGUGCUGCCCCAGCGUCGAAGCCACAGGCCGCUACGGCCCCUCCAAAAGCCAAAGUGUUGUCUAUCGGUGUACCAACAUCAGCUUCUGCCUCGCCGAAAAGGCCUGCUUCUCCUACCACCAAAGAACCUCCCAAAGAACCUAUAAAGGCAGAAGCGGGAGCCAAGGUCACUGCUGCGAAAGCUGUCGAGAAGACAGGUGAAAAAGUGUCUGGCAAGACGUCUUCUGCCUCGUCUUCGGGCAAAUCCUCUCCCACCCCGGGCGACUCAAAGAAAACCCGAAAUGCCGACGACGUCGCCCAAGCACAGACAGCCGAUGUGGAUGCUUCGGUUUUGGAAGAGAUGUAUGGAAAAGAACAUGUCAACGUUAUUUUCAUUGGUCACGUCGAUGCUGGAAAGUCUACUCUCGGUGGCCAAGUUCUCAUCCAGACAGGGAUGGUGGAUGAGCGUACUCUAGAGAAAUACAAAAAGGAUGCGAAAGAUGCCGGUCGAGAAACUUGGUACAUUUCUUGGGUUCUAGAUUUGAACAAGGAAGAGCGAGCCAAAGGUAAGACCGUCGAAGUGGGCCGAGGCUUCUUCGAGACCGAAAGGCGGAGAUAUACCAUUCUGGACGCCCCCGGCCACAAGACGUAUGUGCCAAACAUGUUGAGUGGUGCCUCACAAGCCGAUGUGGCAAUUUUAGUCAUCUCGGCACGAAAAGGUGAAUUUGAAACCGGAUUCGAGAAAGGGGGUCAAACACAAGAACAUGCCAUGUUGAUCAAAACUACCGGCGCCAAAGAACUGGUCGUCGCAGUCAACAAGAUGGACGAUAUUACUGUGCAAUGGUCGCAAGAACGUUACGACGAAAUCGUGGGCAAGCUAAAACCAUACCUCAAAAAGAGAAUUGGCCUAGAAUCGACAUUUUUGCCCAUCUCUGCGCAAACUGGUAUAGGCGUCAAGGACAGGAUUCCCAAUGACGUCGCCUCUUGGUACAAAGGACCCUCCCUUCUUGAGUUUCUGGACAGUAUGGCCAAGAUACAGCGAAACGUCAAUGCCCCAUUCAUGAUGCCCAUCGGAGCCAAAUACCGAGACAUGGGUACGAUGAUUGAAGGUCGUAUCGAGGCCGGUGUGGUGCAAAAGACGUCAAAUUACAUCAUGAUGCCAAACAGAGAAGAAGUCGGUAUUGCAGCCUUGUAUGGUGAAACGGAAGAAGAAAUCCCCUUCGCCACUUGCGGCGAUCAGGUCCGCAUGCGUCUCCGGGGCAUUGAAGAAGAAGAUAUCAUGCCCGGCUUUGUCCUGUGCUCGCCCAAGCGUCUAGUCCACUGUGUCCGGGAGUUCGAGGCGCAGAUCAAUAUCGUGGAACUGAAGUCCAUUCUCUCAGCCGGCUUCAAUUGUGUACUGCACGUCCAUGCCGCAACCGAAGAAGUCACCUUUGCCGCACUGCUGCACAAACUAGAACCGAAGACUGGUCGGAAGAGCAAGAAGCCACCGCCAUUCGCGGCCAAGGGCCAAAACAUCAUUGCCCGAUUACAAGUCACAAGUGGCGGAGGCAAGAUUUGUGUUGAGCGGUUCGAGGAUUACCCGCAACUCGGCCGCUUCACGCUGCGAGACCAGGGCCAGACCAUUGCAGUGGGCAAGAUCACCAAACUGAUUCUGGAUGAAGAGUAA